AAAACCUAGCUAGGCGUUGAAAGGGGAAAAGCGUACGUACAGCGCGGAGCUCGGGAUUGGUGGGGUCGGAGGCUAAGGCGUCGUUGAGGGUUGCAAGAGAGUCUCUUUGCUCCUGCAACUGAAUCUCUAGCAGGUUCUCCAGAACCCUCUCGUCCUCGCUUCCCAUCGCUGCCUCUCUCCCCUCCGCAUUCGGCAACCUUGUGUUUGUUUGUUUUGUUGGAAGAUACUUGGGCUCAGCAUGUUUAUGGGCCUCCCCGGCCCAUUCAGGUUUUUCUCUCUUUUUUUAUGAGUCGAAAAGGAAAAUCUUUAUUCGACCGGAAAAUGGGACAAGAGCAUCAUGAAGCGACGGAGGGGUUGGUGAGGCUGCUGACGAAAGCGAACCACGAUCUGACAGCGGUUCAACACAGGCUCGACAAGGAGUUUCAACAAAUCUAUCCCCAGAAUGCAAACCCGAUGAAGCUGGUUUCCAGAAUAAAGAAAAUUCAGCAAGACUUGUCCACUUUGGAAGACCAGUGCCGUCACCUUCUAACAGCCAAGCAGGAUUUGAUUGACAAGGCUAGGACCACUCUCGUCGGUAACAGAAAUCUAGUGCAGAGGAUGGAGGCUUCCAUGGGCAUUUCCCCCACUACUGAUUCUCAUGAUUCUGCUUUUGCCAACUUCAAUCAGAUCAUCGAUGAGUGGAAGGUCCAAGCUAGAACAAAAGCAGGUGAUGAGAUGGAAACAGAUGUGGACGAUAUUAAUACAUUACUAUUUUCAACUAUAGUUUCAAGCAACUGAAGAUGCUGAGCAACUUUCAUGAUCAAAGACUCUGGGCAUCACAUUAUCUCAAGCUCCUUCUCAAUUUCAGUACCUUACCAUAUUGUGUUGUAGUCGGAGAAACAACUUAUUUUCUUAUGGCAAGCUGUACAAGUGUACGACAGCGAUUCUAAAGCCCCAAAAACAUGUUGAUUUCAGACAUAUUUCAUUGUAACAUUGUGUCAAGUGUGAAUCUGCCUGGAAUUAUCACUGCAAUUUUUUAUCAAAUACAUUGUUGAUGGAAUACAAGAUACAGCA